UCUCCACUGGACCCAUCUGGUGGUCGGACGCGCAGAUGCGUCAGAGCUCGGAGGGGCGGCGCGCCGCCGCCGAGGUGAUCCCCGGGUUUAAAAGCGCAGAAGUCCUCCUUGCGCCGGAGCAGUGCGUCACAGCGACCCAGCAGAUCCAGGAUCCCCCCGUUACAGAGUCAGAAAUCCCGAAAACAGCUUUUUCUACCACACGUCUGCAUCAGCCAUGAUCAUAUUCAUGCUUUAAUACAUUUUUACGCGUCGCGCUUUUCGGUUUUGGAGACGACUUUCUUUAUUUUUUGAGUCUAAUAUCGGAACCGUCGUUGUUCGCCACGGGCUUUUGGUUUAAAUUUCUGAUUGUUUUAACUUCGCUGUCUCGCUGCGGUUGUUUGCUGGCGACAGAGGAUCCUGAGCAGCAGCUGGGGAAUCUGUAAACUCCGCUUUAUGGAUAAAGGAUCGCUCCCAUCUGUGACUGCGCUCAGAGUGUGAUCUCAGACGUUGCUCCCUGACCAAAGACCGAAAUGAAAUCAGCUGAAGAAGAUGCAUAUGGCUUCACGCCAAAUGUCAGUCUCUCCCUCCCGCUGGGCAACCCUUGUCUCCCGUCACAGUACCACAACCUGCAGGCCAGCCCCAUCAUAUCUGUCUCUGUCACCGAGCCUCACAGUUAUGACACCCAGGAUGACAUUAGAGCGGCCGGCUACUACUCUUCCCCUAAUGCCCGCCCAAACGGAGCACCAACCCUGGAGAGCCCCCGUAUUGAGAUUACAGCCUACGGUCAGUUUCCUGAGGAUGAGGUGGAGCAGAACAGCCUUCCUGUUGCUAAGCGAGUCAACUCCAUCGUGACACUGACCCUCCCCAGUGCAGAGGGUUACCGUGACCCCAGCUGCCUGAGUCCGGCCAGCAGCAUCUCAUCUCGCAGCUGCCACUCUGACGCUUCCUAUGAAUCAAGUUUCUCCUACAACUAUGACAACUCGCCCCAGAAUUCUCCAUGGCAGUCUCCGUCCGUGUCUCCUAAAGGCUCCACCCUGGCCCUGCCGGGUGACGGCUGCACCUCCGGAGGUUCCCCUCGCCACUCCCCCUCCACCUCUCCUCGCACAAGCAUAACAGAUGACACCUGGAUUGGUCAGCGUGGCUCCAGGCCCAACUCCCCUUGUGGUGCAAAGAGGAAGUACAGCUUAAAUGGAAGCGGAGUGCAGCACAAGCAGUUUCCAUACUCACCCAACCAUUCGCCUGGACUGUCUCCACAGACCUCCCCUCGCCUCAGUGUCACAGAGGAGACUUGGCUUCCAAACACCAACCAAUACACCAAUUCAGCUAUCCUGGCUGCCAUUAAUGCCUUGACCACAGAUGGCGUGAUUGACCUGGGCGAGGGAAUCCCCAUGAAGGCCCGGAAAACCAGCCUGGAGCAUAGUCCCACUGUCAGCCUGAAGGUGGAGCCAGGGAGCGAUGACCUGAGUCCGGGACAGCUUUGUGAGGACGAGCACAUAUCCAACCGCAUGUCGUUAAAGAAGGAGGGCUUCUGUGGUGGGUUUCUGGAUGUGCCACAGCACCCGUACUCCUGGCCCAAACCAAAGCAAUAUGUAAGCCCGUCCCUGCCAGCACUUGACUGGCAGCUGCCAUCCAGCUCAGGGCCAUACAGCCUGCAGAUCGAUGUGCAGCCCAAGUCCCACCACCGAGCCCACUACGAGACAGAGGGCAGCAGGGGAGCGGUGAAGGCCUUGGCGGGAGGACACCCAGUCAUUCAGCUCCACGGUUACAUGGAGAGUGAGCCUCUGACCCUGCAGCUGUUCAUUGGCACAGCUGACGACAGGCUGCUGAGGCCUCACGCCUUCUACCAGGUCCACCGCAUCACUGGGAAGACGGUGUCCACCCCAAGCCACGAGACUUUGCACAACAACACCAAGGUGCUGGAGAUCCCACUGCUGCCGGAGAACAACAUGCGGGCCAUAAUCGACUGCGCGGGGAUCUUGAAGCUGCGUAAUUCAGACAUCGAGCUGCGAAAGGGGGAAACCGACAUUGGACGCAAGAACACACGUGUACGGAUGGUGUUCAGGAUCCACAUUAACCAGGCCACAGGGAGAACGGUGUCCUUACAGGCUGCGUCCAAUCCCAUAGAGUGCUCCCAGAGAUCAGCGCAGGAGCUGCCGCUAGUGGAUCAGCAGAGCCUGGAGACGAGUCCCGCCCACGGAGGGGAGAGGAUGCUCCUCAGCGGACACAACUUCCAGCAUGACUCCAAAGUGGUGUUUGUGGAAAAGGCUCAAGACGGACAUCAUCUCUGGGAAACUGAAGCUAAAGUCGACAGAGACGCCUCCAAGUCUAAUUCACUCAUCGUUGAAAUUCCUCCGUACCGGAACCAAAGACUCUCCACUCCCGUCCACGUCAACUUCUACGUCUGCAACGGAAAGAGGAAAAGAAGCCAGUAUCAGCGUUUCACCUACGUUCCUGGCAGUGUUCCGACGAUAAAGACGGAGCCACGCGACGACUACGACGCUUCACUGGUGUGCACUCAGCAUGGUUCCACCGUGGCCCUGCACCCGAAGCCAUACUUCCCCCCACAAGUCAUGACCCCAAUGAUGACCGCUGACUUGAGGCCGUGUGUUGUGGGCGGGGCUUACCCUGUCAGCCAGGACAGAUUGGCGGUUAAACCGGCCUCUUCGUCUCCAAGUACGAGCCCCAAACUUCACGACCUGUCUCUGCCAAACUUCCCCAAGUGCCUCCCCGCCGUCCCACAGUCCCCGAUCCCUCACGUCUCCAUCAUCCAGGAGACUCCAGGCCGCUACCAGCUGCCCAGCCUCUACCCGCCCAGCAGCUCCUCCUCCUCCUCCUCCCCGACCUCGCAGCCCUCCACCCCGACUGACGCCCCCUUCUCUCCGACCCUCUGCAUCACGCCGGUCCAGCCGGUCAGCGCCAGCACCAGCCCCGACGCCAAGCAGCAGCAGCAGCAGCAGCACGCCAAAGUGCCAGAAAGACCACGGUCCUCCCUGCAGGAGGACGGCGGCUCCCCGACGCUGACCGUCAGCAUCAAACAAGAACCACAGGAGCUGGACCAGAUGUACCUCGAUGAUGUAAACGAGAUCAUCAGGAACGACCUGUCGAGCAUCUCCGUGCACAGCCACGCGUAGUUUCCUGUCACAUCAUAAAAACAAAAACAAACUGACUCUAUACUAAAAUGCUUUUGCAUGCUCGGACUACAGCGUGUGACAAACAGCAACAGGAAAUGCAAAGAGAACAAAUGUAAAUGUAUCGUCCAGACGACCAGGGUCCAACGUGUGCCUUGUUUUAUUGUUGUUGUUUUUUCAUAUACAUAUAUAUAUAUAUAUACAGUAUAUAUAUAUAUAUAUACAUAAACGCUUUUAUGCAGAAAUUAUCCAAGGAAUGAAUCACAUGACUGAUGUUUUUGUUCUAAACAAACACACGUUUACAAACGUGUGAAACAAGUAUGUAGCAAACAAACCUGCCAUAAACAGACGUUUAGAUGCUUUUAGAGGACCAAGAAUUGUCUUUUUCUCUUUUGAUUUUGUUUGUAAAUGAUCCAGUGCCUCUGGUGUUUGUUGUUUUUGUUUGUAAAUACAGCGUCUGAACUGCUUCACUCUGCUUCAUAUCUGACAAUGUAACGGGGAGAAGUGCCUUUGACUGGAAACGGAAAGACGUGGGCGGAGUUUGGCUUCACAACCUUGAAAAAUGGAAACUUAAAGGUCCAGUGUGUGAGAUUUAGUGACAUCUAGUGGUGAAACUGCAGAUGGCAACAAACCUUGGACUCCUAUGGUGGCCUUCACAGACCAGAAAUGAUGUCAUUCUACUUUGUUUAUGGGUUUUCUUUUAGGUUUAGUGACGCUGUAGAAACAUGACGGCACAAAAUGGUGGCCUUGAAAUUCUGACUCUAAUCUCAUAAUUCCAACCUUUUUUCUUAGAAUUCUGACUGCAAUCUCAAAUUCUGUCUUUUUUUUCUUAGAAGUCUAAAGAUCACUUAAAAUUUUGACUUGAAUCUCAGAAUUCCAAUUGUUUUUUCUUUGAAUUCUGACUUCUGCAAUCUCAAAUUCUGUCUUUUUUUUCUUAGAAGUCUAAAAAUCACGUAAAAUUUUGACUUGAAUCUCAGAAUUCCAAUUGUUGUUUCUUUGAAUUCUGACUUCUAUGACUUUUAAAUUUCCACCCAAAAAUUUCCAAAUGCUUUUUGAGGUUUCGUACUGCUCUAGAAUCAUGUCGGCACAAGAUUAUGACUGACGUCCACUGGGAUUGGCUCUAGCCACUGUGUGAGCCUCAUGUGGAGGAUAAAGCAGUAGACAAUGAACGAGUGAAAUAUUCCAAUCAGGUGGCAACCGGUUACAUUAACGUCACCCUCAGGAUGUAUAUAUAUAUAUAUAUAUAUAUAUAUAUAUAUAUCGUACACGUGUAUAGCAGAGCUCACUGUAGCCUCACAAAUCUUACACACUGGUCCUCCAAAGAAUUUUGUUGUUUUUAAAAGCAAGAUAAUGUAAUUUUUGCAGGACAAUCACACCGUAAGGGUCAUAAUGUCCAAAUGUCCCUAUUUUAAUUUUUUUUUUGGAAAAUUGCACAAUCCCGAUGGAAGUCGUACUUGGUUUUUGAGUUACGAUAAAUCAAAGAGAACGCAGUUUUUUUUUUUCUGCGUUCGCCACCAACAACGAGCACUUAACCACUAAACCUGUGCUACUUUAGGGUCGUCGUUACUGAAGUCGUCAAAAAGAGACGUUUUAAUGAUUGAUUCCCGAACCCGAAAAAAAAGCUACUUCCUGCCUUUAUGCACUCGUACAGCACAGUUUUUGUUUUUUUUAGAUAUAAAAUAAUAAAAUAAAAAGGACUCAGCACUGACGUGGAAAUAAGACGGGAAAAAAGGAAAAAAAAAACAGUUGAAAAAUCAUCUCAGUUUUCGACUGUUUGUCCGUGGAAGCUAUGCAACGUUAAAGAAUGUAAACACUCAGCAAGACGGCGUCUUCAUCCAAAGGAAACAGCAAUAACAAAUAUAUAUAUAAACUCUUCUUUUUUUUAAGCGUAUUUUCAUAUUUAUUCCCUCAGCAUGUGCUCUGUUUAUCCAUGUUUAUCGUUCAGCUUCUUCUUUUCAGUUCACGUUUUCCUACCAAACUGUAUUUUUUCUUUUUUUUGUUCCCUCUUUUCUACGUAAUCACGAGUCUUAAUGCGUUUGACUGAAGAAGCCAUAGUGAAAUGUUUACUCUGAGAGUCUGUAACACUCUGUGUCCGUCACCUGUCGUGUGUUUUUGUCAAUAAAGAAAACUUUGUCUCAUU